AUGAGCAUAUCACAGAAAAUAGCAAAGUCAGUCAUAAAAAAGUCGUUACGAUCGAACAUUAGGGAAGGUCAAGAUUCAAAAACACAGACCGAAAGUUCCGAUGCUUUUCAACAAGGACCUAGUAAUAGUGCCCACAUACUGAUGAACAAAAGAGACAAAAAGAACAAAUGGAAUAUUCCGCCUGGAUUGACAAAGAACGAAGCGCAAGUACUAAAGGUUGUCAAGAAACGAGCGCGAUUAUAUGAUACAAAUUUCUGCUCGUGUUGUUGUUGUAACGUGGGCCUGGAGCCCGUCCUUGGAUUGAUUCCCGUAAUUGGAGAUUUUGUUGGAGUGUUUCUUGCCUUAAUGUUGGUUAAUACUGCAAAAAAGGCUGACUUACCGCAGAUGGUAGUGAGCAAGAUGCUGGUGAACGUUUGGAUAGACUUUUUGCUAGGAUUGAUUCCAUUUGUGGGAGACUUAUUUGACUUCUUUUACAAAUGUAAUACCCGGAAUGCAAUUAUUCUACACACAUUUCUUGAGAAUAGGGCAAAGAACAGGUCUCUCGUCGAAGAGGGAACAGUCGAGAUUAUUGCUCCUAGAUACCCAGAAACGUCUGUCGUACGAUGA